AUGACCAGUCCAGCAACUUUAAUAGAAAAAGGGCAUGCCGAAGUUGGAGGAAAACAUCGCACUGAUAAAACAGAAAGUUUAAAGAUUUAUUAUGAAAUACAUGGAAAUGGGCCUAAUAAGUUAUUUUUUAUCAUGGGAUUGAACACAACAUCGGGGAGUUGGGAAUAUCAGGUCAGGUAUUUUGGAGAACAUCCUGACUUCCAAGUUUGCGUCUUUGAUAAUCGUGGAGUUGGAUGGUCAGAUGCUCCUAGCGGAUUAUACAGUACGAGUCAAAUGGCUCAGGACGCAAUCGGUCUUAUGGAACAUAUCGGAUGGACAGAAAAUAUCCAUGUAAUUGGAAUAUCUAUGGGCGGUAUGAUCGCUCAAGAAUUGGUUUUAUCAAAACCUGAAUAUGUGAAAUCUUUGUGCUUGACUUCAACAACUGCAGGAAUGACUAUACCUCCAAUUGCCGCCAUUACAACAAUCACUAGAAUCCUCUUUAUAAAAGAUCCAAAGAUUAAAAUAAACGCAAUUGUGAAAAUAAUGUUUACAAAGGAAUGGUUAGCCGCAUCUGCCCCUCCUGGUUCCCCACACAAGAAUAAUGAAGAACGAAUAAUUGAGGAUUUACACAAACGAAUUAAUAGAACUCGCCUUCAACCAAUUAACGGUGCGAUUGGUCAAAUAGCUGCAACUCUCCUUCAUUAUGUUUCUCCAAAGCGACUUCAGCAAAUUCGAAGCUCUAUUCCGCACAUAUUAGUAAUAACUGGUAGUUGGGAUAAUUUCGUAAGACCUAACAACAGUUUUUAUCUCGCUAAACAACUUCAAGCAGAUUUUGAAUUUUGGGAAGGUUGCGGUCAUGUUCCAUGUGGUGAACAAAUCGAAAGAUAUAAUGCCUCGUUAGAGAAACAUUUUAGAAAAGCCGGGCUAAAUAAUUGA